AUGGUGUUAUUCAAUGGAAUGGCACAGACAAAUCCAUGGGCCGCCCUCUACUUUGUAGCUCUAAUGACCUUCGGAAACUAUGUGCUGUUCAAUUUACUAGUUGCCAUUUUGGUUGAAGGAUUUCAAGAAAGUAAAGAGGAAGAGAAGCGGCAACAGGAAGAAGACGCAAAAAAGAAAGCUAAAGAGGAAGAGGACGAACGAAAAAAGGAGCUGGAACUUCUACUAGCAAGAUCUACUUCACCGGCUUUUUUGAACGGUACACAAGGUGCUGAUUGCACUUGCAUUUAUCCCAAGCCGGCGACUCCACUACAGGAAGAUAAUCAGGCUCUUUCUGUGGAAAAUCGUUACGAAAAGGAGCCCAUCUCGAAAGGUGAUGAUCGACGAAUUCUGCCGAAUUCUGACCGAAGUGUUGUUCUCGCGCACCACUCGUCACCACUACAAAACAACUAUUCCGAUCGAAGCAGUAAACGCUUGAAUCGACAUACUUCGCUCGUGCUUUGUGGACAGAACGGUGGUCCAACUCAUCGCCAACGUAUUCAUAGUUGGAGUGGACUGUGUCAGCAUUACAACCCUCACUGUCCUAUCCAUGGGCGAAGAGCAUUGCUUGAAACCUAUGCUCGUGAGAAAUUCAUUGAGGCAAGCCAAGAACUGAAGCAAGCUCUGGCAGAGGAAGAGCGACGAAAUGAACAGAAGCAAAACACGUGCUUUCGAAAAUUCUUGCGAAAGACCUGUCUUUACAAGAAGGCCGAAUAUUCUCUGUUCUGCUUUGGUCCGAAGAAUCCGUUUCGUAUAAGGUGCUUGCAACUGACUCAGAAGAAGUGGUUUGAUUAUUCCAUAUUGGUUUUCAUCGGUAUCAACUGCAUCACCUUGGCCAUGGAGCGCCCUUCUAUACCGCCUCAGAGCCUCGAGAGAAAGUUUCUGACGUUCUCUGGUUACGUCUUCACAAUAAUAUUCUCGCUUGAAAUGGCUAUGAAGGUGAUUGCCAAUGGUUGUGUGCUGGGUCGAGGCGCGUAUUUCAAAGACGGCUGGAAUAUUCUUGACGGAAUUUUGGUAAUCAUUUCAUUGGUGAACGUUUUAUUCGAGCUGUUUGCUACAGGUGACUCCCCUAAGAUCUUUGGUGUAAUUCGAGUGCUGCGCUUACUCCGAGCCCUUCGGCCGUUGCGUGUCAUCAAUCGUGCGCCAGGUGUCAAACUCGUUGUCAUGACUUUGAUAUCAAGUUUGAAGCCAAUCGGAAACAUUGUGCUUAUCUGUUGUACCUUCUUCAUCAUUUUUGGGAUUCUUGGUGUGCAACUUUUCAAGGGCAUGAUGUUCCACUGUGUUGGGCCAGAUAUAGCUAAUGUCACCAACAGAGCAGACUGCCUAGAAGAUCCACGUAAUAAAUGGGUUAAUCACCGCUAUAACUUCGACAACUUGGGACAGGCCCUAAUGUCACUGUUUGUGUUGUCAAGCAAGGAUGGUUGGGUUUCUAUCAUGUAUCAAGGAAUCGACGCAGUAGGCGUGGAUAUUCAGCCGAUCGAGAACUAUAAUGAGUGGCGGAUGAUUUACUUCAUAUCGUUUUUACUGCUUGUUGGGUUCUUCGUACUGAACAUGUUCGUCGGAGUUGUAGUCGAGAACUUCCAUAAAUGCAAAGAAGCUCUGGAAAAGGAAAUGCGCGAAAAAGCUCGAGAAAAGCGGCUUCAGCGAAAGCUGAAACGUCAAAAGUACGAAGAGAGCGUGGCAGGAAGGAAGAAGAAAGUGAAGAAAAACCAGCCCUAUUGGCACAACUAUGGAACGACGAGAAUGUUCUUGAACGGUGUCGUGACGUCCAAGUAUUUCGAUCUCGCCAUAGCAGCAGUCAUCGGCAUCAAUGUAAUUUCGAUGGCCAUGGAGUUUUACAUGAUGCCACCCGGGCUAAAGUACGUGCUAAAAGCUCUAAACUACUUCUUCACCGCUGUGUUCACCCUGGAAGCAGCAAUGAAACUAGCUGCUCUUGGAAUCAGGCGAUUUUUCUCUGAGACGUGGAAUCGUCUUGAUAUGUUCAUCGUCUUCCUCUCAGUAGCCGGCAUAAUAUUCGAGGAAUUUGAAGCGCUAGAACUACCCAUAAACCCGACCAUAAUUCGGGUUAUGAGAGUGCUGAGGAUCGCACGAGUACUGAAACUGCUCAAAAUGGCAAAAGGAAUACGAUCUCUGCUGGAUACAGUGGGAGAAGCGCUGCCUCAGGUUGGCAACCUCGGUUCGCUUUUCUUUCUGCUGUUCUUCAUUUUCGCCGCUCUUGGGGUAGAGCUCUUUGGGAAGCUCGAAUGUUCUGAAGAUCACCCAUGUGACGGUCUGGGUGAACAUGCUCAUUUCAAGAAUUUCGGUAUGGCUUUCCUGACUCUCUUUCGAAUCGCCACUGGUGAUAACUGGAAUGGAAUUAUGAAGGACGCUCUUCGAGAUGAUUGUGACUCAUCAGAACGUUGUGAAACCAACUGCUGUGUAGAUCCCAUCCUAGCGCCGUGCUUCUUCGUCAUUUUCGUGUUGAUUUCUCAGUUUGUGCUGGUAAAUGUCGUCGUUGCUGUUCUCAUGAAACAUCUAGAAGAGAGUAAUAAACGUGAUGCGGAAACGAACGACGCACAGGAUGGAGGCACAGGUACCGAUCCUGCAAAGGAUACGGACCUCGACGAAGGGAACGCUGAAAAAGAAAUUUCGAUAAAUACACUCGAGCAAGAACUAAUCGAGGUGGAGCAUCGGAUAGAGGAAGAGAUUAGGCGACGAGAAAGUGUUGGCUGUCAUGGUCAUUUAGAAGCAGAACUUCAACCGCUUUAUGUUAACAGCGACACAUACAGAGAGGAUGACGGCGAUUACGACGAGAAUCUAUCUGCAGAGCGCUCAGCGAAGGAGUUUGCAAAGUUAACUAGUGCGAGUGCAUCUACUGGCUCGUCGCCGAACAAGUAA